AUGGCGCAACCCGCACCAUCUUCUCCUUUUGCCUACACAUACACCUAUGAAUAUGAUGUCUUUCUUAGUUUCCGUGGUGAAGAUACUCGCACUGAUUUUACUGGCAAUCUUUAUAGUGCUUUGAGUCAAAGGGGAGUCUUGACCUUCAUAGAUGAUGAUGGUCUUCAAAAGGGGGAAGAGAUUACACCUUCUCUAUUCCAUGCAAUACAAAAGUCCAGGAUGGCCAUCAUUGUUUUCUCUAAAAAUUAUGCAUCCUCAUCAUUUUGUUUGAACGAGCUUGUCCAGAUCCUUGAGUGUUAUACAAAGCAAAAGAUGUGGAUUUGGCCAGUUUUCUAUGACGUAGAUCCAUCAGAAGUGCGACAUCAAACAGGGAGUUAUGGAGAAGCAUUCGCAAAGCACGAACGGGGAAGAUUCAAGGAUGACAAAGUGAAGUUGCAAAAAUGGAGGUUGGCUUUGAAUCAAGCAGCUGUUUUGUUUGGUUCGCACUUCAAACAUGGGGGAGAAUAUGAGCACGAGUUCAUUAGAAAGAUUAUAGAAGUGAUAUCUCGUAAGCUUAAUCGACCUCUCUUGUAUAUUGCUAAUUACCCUGUUGGAUUGGAAGCUCGGGUGGAAGAUGUGCACUCGCUUAUAGGUUCUAAGUUUAAUGACAAAGUCAACAUGCUUGGGAUUCAUGGGAUUGGCGGAAUUGGUAAAUCAACCAUUGCACGUGCUGUAUAUAAUUUGUUAGCAUAUCAAUUUGAAGGCUCGUGCUUUCUUGCUAAUGUUAGAGAACAGUCAACUAGGCAUGGCCUAGAACAAAUCCAAGAGAAAAUACUUUCUGAACUAGUUGGGGAGAGAAAUCUCAGCAUCAUCAUUAUAACAACAAGGGAUAAACAUUUGUUAGAUUUCCAUGGUGUUAAAAAAAUAUAUGAGGUUAAUAAUUUUAGUGAUAACGAAGCUUUUGAAUUGUUUAGGUGGAAUGCUUUAAAAAAUAAUGAAGUUGAUCCAAGUUAUAUGGAAAUGAUGAAACGUGCAAUACAUUUUGCCCGUGGCCUUCCAUUGGCUUUGGAAGCAAUAGGCUCAAACUUGUUUGGUAAAACAUUAGAUGAAUGGGAAUCUGCAUUAGAAGCGUGUGAAAGAAUUCCAAAUAGAGAUGUUCAGCAAAUUCUUAAAGUGAGUUAUGAUGGCUUGGAGGAAAAUGAGAAGGAAAUUUUCUUGACAUAG